AUGGCGGGACCAGCAGAUGAAAACGUAGCAGAAGCAAGAAGGCAGCAAAGAAACGCGCGUACAAGGGCAAGGAGAGCGCAAGAGUCGGAAUCUGAAGCUCAAGCACGUCGUGAGGCAGGUCGAGCUCGGGCGAGAAUCCGGAGGGGACAACACACCGAAUCUGAGGCUCAAGCGCGUCGCCAAACCGUCCGGGAACGUACUGCAGCACGAAGAGCAGCAGAGACUUCUGAGCAGCGCGAAGAGCGUCUUCGUCGAAACAGGGAGAGAACCAGGGCGCGCAGAGCCGGUCAAUCACGGACAGAGGGUCCCAGAGAGUCUCCAAAGCUCCGAGGAGCAACGGAACGUGCCAGAGCCUCGAAUCGAGCAUCUAUGCAACGCACGAGACAGGCUGAGAGCACUCCUGACCGCAUAAAUCGAUUGGAGGCCUCUCGUGUCUCAAUGCAACAGAGAAGAGCUGACGCGACAACCCCAGAGAGACAUGAGCGUCAAGACUCAAACCGAAGAUCCACAGAAGCAGCUAGAGCGGAAGAAAAUACCCCCCUCCGAGAUGCACGGCGCGAAUCGGAUUGCAAUGCGACACGAGGAGCUAGAGCCGAGGAAAUUACUCCUGCUCGUGAGGCGCGGCGAGACCUUGACCGUCUCUCCACCCAACGAUCAAGGGAUGCACAAGACACACCGACUCGGAAUGCCCGGCAACGAUCCGACGGCCAGGCUCGAACGGCUUCUCGGCAGCUCUUCCCCCCACUACCCGAAUCCUCGCCUUCGUAUCGCGAUCUCGGCAUGGUCCAUAUUGAGUGUUCGCACUGCAAAGCUCUGCAUUUCGUCCAAGAACGCAUCGUGAGCAGCUCUGCCGCAAGGCCCAUGUUUUCCACAUGCUGUGGGAAGGGGAAGCUGUCACUGCCCCUUCUCACCGACCCGCCAGCUCUUCUGCGCUCUCUUCUCAUCGAUGAUACUCCAAGGGCCCGCCGCUUCCGUAAAAACAUUCGAGCAUACAAUUCAGCACUGUCUAUGGCGUCCGUGGUCGCCAAAUGGGUGAACAGAGGGCCCGGUACUUCUAAUUUUAACCCCACAAUGACGAUGCAGGGCGAGAUGUACCAUUACAUGGGUCCCAUGAUGCCAUCCGAGGGGCGGGCGCCUUCCUUUGCUUCCGUUUACAUUCACGACACUGACUACGGUACUCAAACGCGCACAAGGCUUGGCGGAGCCUCUACACGGCUGGAAGACACACUGUUAAUGCAACUGACGCACAUGCUGCACGAAUGCAACCCCUACGUGCAGACUGUUCUCAGUAUGCGAGAAUGGGCUCAAUCCCCUCAACCCAACACUCCAGCCCCGUACCAGAUGGUCAUCCAUGCCGACCGCAGGCCAAGUCAUGAGCACGUGCGCCGGUACAAUGUGCUGGAUCCGAUUUCAGUCAGUCAUCGUGCAUACGAUCCGUUGAGUUACGUGCUUUUGUUCCCGAACGGUAGAGAUGGAUGGUAUCCAGAGCUUCGAUUCUCCAGUGAUGACGACGGCAGAUAUACCAAGAUUACUCCGAUGAUGUACUACGGAUGGCAUUUGUUCGAAAGAGCAGGCGAGUUCAGCACAAUCUUGCACGCAGCGCGACUCUUUCAGCAAUAUUUAGUUGACCAGUUCUGCAAAGUGGAGGCAGAAAGGCUUUCGUAUCUCCGCCACAACCAGACACAGCUUCGAGCCGCCGACUACACCUCACUGCGCGACAGCCUAGGAGACUCCGGUCGUGCUGAAGAUGAAGCCGAUGCCGUGCGUGCCGGACGACUGUUCAUUCUCCCUUCCACGUACAUUGGAGGUGACCGCUACAUGAGGCAGCAGAUGCACGACAUCAUUGCUAUAUCGAACCAAAUUGGCCACCCGGACAUCUUCCUCACUAUGACAUGCAAUCCAAGCUGGCCGGAGAUCAUAAGAGCCCUACUUCCGAACCAAACGCCUCAGGACAGACCGGACCUGUGCGCACGUGUGUUUCGUCUGAAAAUGAAAGAUCUCAUGUCCUUGGUCAUCAACGAGGAAGUAUUCGGAACCGUCGUUGCCCAUGUACGAGUCAUCGAAUUUCAGAAACGCGGUCUUCCCCACGCUCACGUUGUAUUUUUCCUAGAUGAAGUCUCCAAGAAUGAUCUGCGUACUCCCGAAAACGUCAACCGCAUUAUCUCUGCCGAGAUCCCGUCUGCCCAAGAUCCAGAACUCCAAGAGGUCGUGCUCAAGCAUAUGAUUCACAAUCCAUGUGGAGAACGCAAUCCAACAGCCGUGUGCAUGGGCGAGCAGUACUGCAGGAAAGGGUUUCCAAAAUCGUUCAAACACGAAACCAGCCAGUCCGACAGUGAGUACUACAUCACGUACCGCAGAAGGUCCCCCUCUGCAGGUUGCGUCUCCAUCGAGCGACCCUCCCGUGUUGGCCGACUACAGCAAUCCGUCGUGGUCGACAACUCCUGGGUCGUUCCCCACAGUCCUCUGCUUCUACGAUCAUUCGCUUGCCAUUUGAAUGUGGAACUCUGCGUGUCACGCGUUGGCGGAAUCAAGUACCUCUUCAAGUAUGUUUGCAAGGGACAAGACCGAGUGACCAUGGAAAUUACUGCCGAGAACGAGUGCCACGACGAGAUCUCCAACUUCCAAGAUGCCAGAUACGUUUCGGCAUCGGAGGCCGCAUGGAGGUUAUUCUCCUUUGACAUUGUAGAUCGCAAUCCUCCAGUGGUCAGACUUACGGUGCAUCUGCCCAACCACCAUACAGUAUACUUUGAGGAAGGGCGAGAGCAGGAGGCGGCGCUUCGACCAGCAUCAGGUACGAAGCUGACCGAGUGGUUUAAAGCCAACGAGAAGUACCCAAGCGCGAGGCAUCUUCGGUACCACAAGUUUCCAAGGUACUUUACGUGGAAGACACGCACCAAGUCAUGGACCUACGAUUUCAGUGGUACAGGUGCCAACGUAGUCGGUCGAAUCUACACUGUCAGUCCGAGGGAGGGUGAGCGCUACUUUCUUCGCCUCCUCCUCACACAAGUGCCAGGUGCAACAUCCUUCGAGAACUUGCGAAAUAUCGACGGCGAGCAGUGCACCAGCUUCCGACAAGCUUGCUUACGACUCGGUUUGCUGGCCGACGAUGCCGAGUGGAAGCACGCAAUCCGAGAUUCAUUCCGGUCAAGCUUCGUUCCUCUUUCUCAUCUGUUUGCUACGAUUCUGGCACACUGCCAGCCUUCGGACCCUCUCUCGCUGUGGAACGACCACCUGGACAUGUUUCUCACCGAUAUUCGCAAUCGUGCACGCAGACAACCCAUUCGAAGACAGCAGCUUCGCGAUGAUCACCACGCCACAUCUUACGUACUUCGAGAGGUACAGGAGGCUCUGCAGACCACCCCCGAAGCACGAGCGCAGCAGUGGGAAGGGCGACUACAGACGUCGUUGCCGCUGUUGAACACAAAUCAACGAUCCUUAAGCGCCGUUGCGGGACCUUCUAUGCCGACACGAAGUGGUCGUCUCUUCUUCCUCGAUGCUCCUGGCGGAACAGGCAAAACAUUCGUGCUCAGCGCCAUUCAAGACUUCCUUCGUACGCGCCGUAAGCAGGUCAUCGCUGUCGCUACGUCUGCUGUUGCUGCUGUGCUGCUCGACGGUGGACGCACCGCUCAUUCCGUGUUCAAGAUUCCCAUUCCUGUAUCUGCCGAAAGCACGUGCAGCUUCUCCGCAAACUCCGACACAGGCCGUACACUGCAACAAGUCGAUCUCAUCAUAUGGGACGAGAUCGUCAUGUGCCAUCGACAUUGCAUUGAGACUGUCGAUCGCUCCCUUCGAGACUUGAUGCAAACCGACCGGCCCUUCGGAGGAAACUUCCUCGUACUCGCUGGAGACUUUAGACAAAUCCUUCCCGUCGUUCCGGGCGGGUCCAGAGGUCAAAUCAUGAGUGCGUGCGUCAAGGCUUCCCCGCUGUAUCGAGAGUGCCGAUUCCUGCGCCUUACCGAGAACAUGCGCCUUGCUGCUCUCCGAGCGGACCCUGCAGCAGAUGUGGAGGCUCUCAACUUUCCAGAAUUCCUCCUCAGCGUCGGGGAAGGCAGACUUCAAGGCGAACAGCGCCCGGAAUGGAUCUCACUACCACAGUCCGUUGCGUUCGAGCACACCAUCCGCAAUUUAUGCCUCAAGCGCGUUAUACUCACCACAAAGAACAGGCCGCUCGAGGAAGUCAACGAGGUCAUCGGCAACAUGAUUCCGGGAUCGUAUCGAACGUAUUUGAGCGCAGACAAGGUCGAGAACGAAGACACCAACGCGCUGAUCUAUCCCACAGAAAUGCUCAACACCUUGACCGCCGGAUCUGCUCUACCAGACCACAAGCUCAAGCUCAAGAAAGGCUUCAUCGUCAUGCUUCUGCGCAAUCUCGAUCCCGCUACCGGUCACGUCAACGGCGCGCGAUAUGUCAUCGAGAACAUGACCAACAACCUGCUCUUUCUACACGUUACCACCGGGUCACACCAAGGCAACAGACUGUGUCUUCCUCGAAUGCCCUGCGGACCAGGAGACGACAACUUUCCCAUCCCUGGCUUCACCCGAACGCAGUUCCCCAUUCGCACGUGCUUCGCCCUUACAACGAACAAAGCGCAAGGCCAAUCCUUCGGUGGCCGCAUUGGUCUCGACUUACGAGAUCACUGCUUCUCGCACGGUCAACUCUAUGUCGCACUAUCAAGGACUACUCACCCAGGCAACGUCACUGUCCUCACUCGAGAGUCCAAUGAAACCACGCGAAACGUAGUGUACCCCGAGGUCCUUCAGUAG